AUGGGAGGUAAAGGCGGUAGCGGUGGAGGAGGGAAGGGAGGUGGUGGUGGAGGAGGGAAAGGCGGCGGUGGUGGUAGCAGUGGAGGAGGUAGGAGCGGCGUUGGUGGUGGUCAUGGAGGAGGAGGAAAAAGUGGUGGUGGUGGAGGAGGUGGCUACAUGGUGGCACCAGGGAGCAACGGAUCUUCCUACAUUUCAAGAGAUAACUUUGAGAAUGACCCUAAAGGUUACUUUGAUAAUCUGCAUGGUAGUGGACAGGGCAGCAAGUAA